AUGGCGGACACGAGCUUCGACGACAAGACCCGGGCCUUUCUGAGCUGGUUCAAGGCUCUGCCUGGCGCCACCUUCCAACCGGCCAUUGAGAUCCAGGACCUGCGAAGUCGCAAUGCUGGCAGAGGCAUUGUUGCAACUCAGGACAUUCCCGAGGACACCGUCUUGUUCUCCAUCCCCAGAGACGCCAUCAUCAAUGUUUUGACAUCUGAUCUGCCCAAGAAGAUCCCAGCCGUCUUUGAGGAGUCCACCACGGGCCUCGAGGAUGCUGACAACGAGGCCGACGAGGAGGCCGACGAGACCAGCACCGCGCCCGACUCAUGGGUCUCGCUCAUCCUCAUCUUGCUCUACGAGUUUCUUCAGGGCGACAAGUCCAAGUGGAAGCCCUACCUGGACGUCCUGCCUCAGUCUUUUGACACCCUGAUGUUCUGGUCCAGCAAGGAGCUCGAUGAGCUGCAAGCGAGCGCCAUUUCUGCAAAAGUGGGUCGGGACGAGGCGGAGAACAUGUUCCGUGCCAGGGUGUUUCCCGUGAUCGAGCAGCAUGCACACAUCUUCUAUCCGGAAGGCGCGGCCAGGCUCACAGAAGACGAGCUGCUGCUUUUAGCUCACAAGGUCGGUAGCACGAUCAUGGCCUAUGCUUUUGACCUUGAGAAGGACGAGGAAGACGAAGAGGCCGAGGAGGAAGAUGAGUGGGUGGAGGACAAAGAAGGCAAGAUCAUGAUGGGCAUGGUGCCCAUGGCUGAUAUCCUCAAUGCCGACGCGAAGCCCAAUGCACACAUUAAUCAUGGCGAAGACGCCCUGACUGCUACAAGUCUCCGGCCCAUCCCUGCAGGCACGGAGAUUCUCAACUACUACGGCCCCUUAGGCAAUGGCGAACUCCUGAGGAGAUACGGCUAUGUCACGGAAACCCACAGCCGCCACGACGUGGUGGAGAUCCCUUGGAGUUUGGUAGAAUCUGUGCUCAAGGACGUACUAGGACUCGACGAUGCGGCCUACGGCAAGGCUAUCAACGACAUCGAGGAAGAAGAGCUCGACGACACCUUCAUUCUUGAGCGAGACUUGGAAGAGCCUGACGACAAAGGGGAGAUCUCCACUGACGCUACAAUGAAGCACCUUCCUGCAGACAUCCAGGAGCAGAUUGCCACGGUCCUCAAGGCAAUACGCAAGCAGCACCCCGACCUCAUCCCGGACAAGCAGAAGAGAGACGAGUUCCUGUUCACAAUCCUGCAUCGCACGUUUGAGCUCCGCCUUGCCCAAUAUCCGACCCCCAUCGCAGAGGACGAGGCGACGCUUACCAGCAACGUCCUCUCGGGGCGGCAGCAGAUGGCCAACGUGGUCCGAUGGGGCGAGAAGGUUCUCCUCAGAGAGGCGAUACGACUUGCACAACAGAAGAAGGACAGCCUGGUGCCCAAUGGACAAAAAUCCGAGCCCUCUUCCAAGCGCCAACGGAGGUGA